AUGGCGCCCCUUGCUUCUUUAAUCACCGACCGAAAUGGCCCAUUCCAUACGUUCGAGUUCUUCCCACCUCGGACGGAAGCUGGUCUGGUCAAUUUACUCGAUAGGAUCCAACGAUUGGCUUCUGCGCCUUUGCCGUCUCCUCUGGCGGUAUCUGUGACAUGGGGAGCUGGAGGAUCAACGGCUGACAAAUCACUGGAGCUGGCUGAACAUGUCACCAAAUUAGGUCUAGAAGUGAUCUUACAUCUCACAUGUACCAAUAUGCCCAAAGAAAAAGUUGAUCAAGCUUUAGAGAAAUGCAAAUCAUUAGGAAUACGAAACAUCUUAGCAUUGAGAGGAGACGCACCUCGAUCAGAAGAAUAUGCAACUGAACCUAAUCCCCAACCUGAUUAUUUCCAACAUGCCGAUGAUCUAGUUCGCUACAUUCGACAAAAUCACGAUGAUUUCUUCUGUAUUGGUGUAGCGGGAUAUCCAACUCCACAUCCAGACAGUGAAUCCGAUGAGAGUGAUCUACAAUAUCUGAAAGUCAAAUGUGAUGCUGGAGCGGAUUUCAUUGUCACUCAGCUGUUUUACGACGUAGAGGGAUUCUUAGAUUGGGUCAAAACAUGCCGGGAAAGAGGUAUUACUCAACCUAUCAUACCUGGUAUUAUGCCAAUUCAGAACUUCGCUUCAUUCCGAAGAUUAGUCAAUUUAACAAAAUGUCCUGUUCCAGAAUCAAUUUCGUCUGAUUUGUUACCCAUUUCAUCUGAUGAUUCAGCAGUCAAGAAAUACGGAGCUGAAUUAGCUACUAAGAUGGUUCAAAGGAUAUUAGAUUCAAAAUUAGUUCCUGGUAUACAUUUCUGUACACUCAAUUUAGAAAAAUCUGUUAGAACCAUAUUAGAAAAUCUCAAAUGGACGUCCUCUUCAUCACCAAAUCAAUCUUCUCCUUUAUCAAGACAUAAUAGGUUGAUUGAAGACGAUUCACCUCAGCCCAAUGGAGCUUUAGCCAUAAAUGGACACUCGACAAAUGGCACAUUACCGAAUCAAAUGUCAGAUUUAUCGAUCAGUCCAAGUGAAGCUAGUCAACUCGCUCAAUGGGGUUUGACAAAUCAUGCUUUACCUCCUGCACCCAAGAAAGGUUUGGGUACUUCAGGCGCGGCCGGUUCAAAUAAUGGUCCAAGUGGUGAAGAUAGCUGGGAUGAAUAUCCUAAUGGUAGAUUUACCGAUGUUAGAAGUCCUGCUUAUGGUGAGAUUGAUGGUUGGGGAAGUGGUUUAAAGAUCACCGCCGCUCAAGCGAUGAAAGAAUGGGGUACACCAACUACGAUUAACGAACUAUCAUUAUUCUUCACCUCAUAUCUUCGUUCGGCACCUGAAACACCUACAACACCAUUUUGUGAUCUGCCUUUAUCUCCUGAAUCGUUAACUAUCUUACCUUAUCUCCUGGAAUUGAAUUCUGAGAAACUGAAACACUGGACAGUCGGUUCACAGCCUGCUGUGGAUGCAGCUAAAUCGGAAGACCCAAUCCACGGUUGGGGCCCAAGAGGAGGAUAUGUUUUCCAAAAAGCCUUCGUCGAGUUUUUCGUUAAAGAAGAACAGGUCAAGGAACUGGAAGAAAAAAUCGAGAGGAAAGGUAACGGCGCAAUUAGCAUGUAUGCCGGUAACAAGAAAGGCGACUUCAGAACGAAUACUGAAGAAGAUACAGUCAAUGCUGUCACAUGGGGUGUUUUCCCUGGACAAGAAAUCGUUCAGUCUACUAUCAUCGAAGGUGAAUCAUUCUUGGCUUGGAAAGAGGAAGCAUUCGAUAUCUGGACAGAGUGGUCAUUACUUUAUCCCAGACAUUCACCUGCAAGGAAACUUUUGGAAGGCAUAUCAGGCGAAUGGUGGUUGGUCAGUCUGAUCCAUCAUGAUUAUAAAGACAAUGAGGGAUUAUGGAAGUUCCUGCUUCAGGAGUAA